UUUCUCCUUUCUAUCUCGGUCAGGUACAUUUCUCUCAUAAAUUAAGCCUGUUGCUCAGUACUACCUUCUGCGCGAUUCUCUUUGAGGAAAGAAAAACUACGCCAUUUCCAAUUCCCUACAAGAACCCUAAUCCCUUUUCUUCGAACGCUCAAGGAAUGGCAAUGGGAAUCAAUCUUUGCUUUAGUAUUGUGCAGUAGGUAUCUCAAAGCACAUCAACAGCAAUGUGCUCAUUAAUUAGAUGAAGGUCUAUUCUCUCCUUCCAUUGAAUUCGUCAGUCACUAGGCCCUUCCUCCUUUCGUUUAUCUCGCCUUUUGGUUCCCUGAAUCUCUUAGUUCUCUCCUACGCCAGCUCUCUCUGGUUUGUUGCCCUCCAUAGCUCCGCCUCUCCACCAUUCCGCUCUCCGUCACCUCGCUGUUCUCCGCUGCCAUCAUUGUUAUUUUUCUAUUUACAACAAGAGCUAUCGCCGAUUCGUUGUCCACUGCCUCGUCCAAUUUGUAAGUCCAUUGAUUUUAUUUCUUACGAUCUUCUCUUCUUCAACAAGUAAUGAUCUUCUCUGCCCAGCAAAUGGUGUUGUUUCUGGUGUUUGGUUACAACUGCUGGUGGCGUGUUAAAGUGGAUUGGUGGAUUGCACUGGCGUGGUAGAUUGUUGGUUGAGUAUUUCUCUGCAAACCAAAUUGAGAUAUAAAAAAUGGAAUCUUUUGGAUUGAAAAUGGUGAAAAGUACUUUAGAAUGGGUGACACAGGCUCUGGAUGCUCCUUCUGCUGGAGCUGUUGUUUUCGGAGUUCAUAUUGGCGGUCAUUAUUUUUUGGAAGGUCUUCUGUUCGUGGUGAUCCUUUUCUUGUUAUCCCAGAAAAGUUAUAAACUUCCUAAACGACCUUUGACAGAUAAGGAAACAGAUGAGUUAUGUGAGGAAUGGGUUCCAGAACCUCUUAUUCCUCCUAUCACAGAAGAAAUGAAGUUGGAACCCCCAGUGUUGGAAAGUGCUGCAGGACCACAUACAAUUGUUAAUGGCAAAGAAGUUGUGAACUUUGCUUCGGCAAAUUAUCUUGGAUUAAUAGGACAUGAGAAGUUAAUUGAAUCAUGUACCUCUGCAUUGGAAAAAUAUGGAGUUGGUUCCUGCGGUCCUCGUGGGUUCUAUGGAACAAUUGAUGUCCAUCUCGAUUGUGAAGGAAGAAUCGCUAAGUUUUUGGGUACCACAGACUCCAUUCUUUAUUCCUAUGGACUUUCCACUAUGUUUAGUGCUAUACCAGCUUUUGCUAAAAAAGGGGAUAUAAUUGUUGUGGAUGAGGGUGUACAUUGGGGAAUACAAAAUGGUUUAUAUUUGUCGAGAAGCACUAUUGUUCCCUUCAAGCAUAAUGAUAUGGAGUCUUUAAGAAACACCUUGGAGAAGGUCACUGCUGGAAAUAAGCGUGCUAAAAAAUUGCGGCGCUACAUUGUGGUUGAAUCUGUAUACCAGAAUUCUGGGCAAAUAGCCCCUUUAGAUGAGAUUAUUAGACUGAAGGAGAAGUACCGAUUUCGUGUGUUAUUGGAUGAGAGCAACUCGUUUGGUGUACUUGGGAAAAAUGGAAGAGGUCUGACUGAACACUUUGGAGUUCCGGUUGAGAAAAUAGAUAUUAUUACUGCUGCAAUGGGACAUGCAUUAGCUACAGAAGGAGGAUUUUGCACAGGAAGUGCUAGGGUCAUUGAUCACCAGCGAUUGAGUAGUUCUGGAUACGUAUUUUCUGCUUCAUUGCCCCCAUAUCUUGCCACUGCCGCCAUUACUGCCAUUGAUGUGCUGGAGGAAAAGCCUGAUCUCAUUACAAAGCUAAAGGAAAACAUUGCAAUAGUAUGGAAAGGAUUAUCUGUCGUACCGGGACUUUCGGUAGCAAGCAAUCCAGAUUCACCUAUUGUUUUCCUCACAUUGAAGAAGCCAACAGGUUCAUCAAAAGCUGACAGGGAUCUUCUUCAAGAAAUUGCUGAUCGCGUCUUGAAGGAGGAGUCUGUAUUUGUGGUGACCUCCAAGAAAUCAACACUUGAUAAAUGUCCAUUGCCUGUUGGAAUCAGAUUGUUCGUCUCUGCUGGCCAUUCCGAAACAGAUCUGCUCAAGGCAUCUGAAUCAUUGAAAAGAGUUGCAGCCUCAGUGUUUGAGCGUUGUGCUUGAGUGUGAAACUCGAAGCCGAUUAGCUUAUUUCUCACCUUGUCCCAUUUGUGCAUUUGCAUGUGAUCAAUCUAGCUCGGCCUCUUAGCAUAAAUGUCCUAGUAAAGAAAAAAGCCUUCAUUAGUUGAACAGUUUUGUAAUGUAGGUAUAGACCAAGAAAGAAUGGCCACUGAUUGUUGAUAAUCUUACAUAAUUUGGUUUAAGGGUUGAUUUAUAAUUGUUUUUGUUUUGUUU